UACCAAAUUUGUAAAACCUGCGGUUUUACACGGAGGGCAGCCCACCGACCAAAAGAUUUAAAAAGCCCAGCCACCCCACACAUAUAUGCAAAGUCCCGUUGUGAACAAACUAGAACUGGACGGGUCCAUUAAUACUGAAAAAAAAUAAUGGAAGAAUCUAUGGACAUUUAUUCCUACUAUGACAUUCCAGCCACAGCUGCCUUCAUUCACAGCCGAGGUUUUAAGCGCGUUGCUUUACAGUUCCCUGAUGAGCACCUGAAACUUUCUGUUAAGGUUGUAACUGGACUGAAAAAGGAGCUUCAGUCUCUAGAAGUAAAUUCACAAAGUUGUUUCAAAGGAACAGAAAAGGGAGUAAAUCAUGGUGCUGUUCAAAUUUAUGUCAUGGCAGAUACCACAUACAGUAGCUGUUGUGUUGAUGAAGUUGGAGCUGCUCAUGCAAAUGCAGAGUGUGUGGUUCAUUAUGGUCCUGCUUGUUUCAGUCCGACAUCGAGGUUGCCUGCUUGGUUUGUUUUUGGAAAAGCGUCGCUUGAUGUAAGGGAUUGUGCAGAUCACCUGUUGGAGCUUUCAUCUUCAAUUGAAAAGCCGUUGUUGGUUCUCUUUGGGUUGGAGUAUGCCUAUGCAAUGGGGAGGCUGAAAGAGGAAAUAAGUAGAAAUUGUAUAACUGGAAAUAUAUCAAAUCCAGAGAUCAAUUUUGGAGAAGCUUUGUGCUCAGAGAUGGAUCCUUCAUUACCCAAUGCCGAUAGGAUCCUUGGGCAGGAUGGAAGCGAAAAUUCAAAAAAAUUCGCAGUUGAUGGUGAUUAUCCUUCAGGUGGCUGUGAAAGAGGGGUCCUCAAUGAGUUGGCUGAUCUGAAUCAAAUUGGAAAAUUGAAGCAUGCCUCUGAGUAUCAUCUUGGUGGUUUGAAGUGGGAGCUACCUGAAGAUCACCUAAUGGAGGACUAUCAUCUUGUUUGGAUUGGCCAGGAAGGUCCAGCUAUUGCAAAUGUCAUGCUUACAUACAAUGCAUGUGGAGUAGUUAGAUAUGAUCCUGUAUCCAAGCUUUUGUUGAGAGAUGUUCCAAGUCAGAGUAAGACCUUAAAACGCAGGUAUUAUCUUGUAGAGCGAGCAAAAGAUGCAGACAUUGUUGGUAUUGUUGUAGGUACACUUGGUAUUGCUGGCUAUCGAGAAGCUAUUUGUCAGCUCAAGAAACUAAUUAAGGAAGCAGGAAAGAAAUCUUACACUUUUGUAAUGGGACGACCAAAUCCAGCCAAGCUUGCAAAUUUUCCUGAGUGCAAUAUUUUUGUUUAUGUGGCAUGUGCACAAACAGCAUUAUUAGACAGCAAAGAGUUCUUGGCACCUCUUAUUACACCGUUUGAAGCUGUACUUGCUUUUAAAAGGGGAAGCCAAUGGACAGGUUCAUAUUUCCUUGACUUUAAAAAGUUAGUAGAGCUUCCUGCAGUAACGGCCAAAGAUAGAUCUGAGGAAAUGCACUUUUCAUUUAUCAAAGGUGGAUAUGUUGGUGAUGAUGCAGGCCCAGAUGAUGUUGAGAAAGAGAAGAGAACCAUUAUUCUUGCAAAUGCUACGGAAAAAGCUCUUCAACUCAAUGAAAAUUCUGCAAAUUCUCUUGUUAUGAAAAAUACUGCAAAAUCUGGAGCUGAAUUUCUUUCCUUGAGAAGCUAUCAAGGAUUGGAAGUGCAUAAAGAGAGAGAACCAUCCUAUUCUUAUAUAAAAGGCAGGAGUGGAAGAGCAUGGGGAUAUGAAGAAGAAGCGAAUAAAUGAAUGCCGACUUCUGACAAUUUUGUUUAUCCACAAUGAUUUGCAGGAUGAACAGCUGUGUAAUAUAUAAGAAAAUGGUCCUGAGGUGCAUGCAAAUGAUUUUCGUGUUGGAGUUUAUGUAAAUGUUACUGUUAUGUA